AUGGCGUCGAUGGUUGUAAAAACCGCCGUAAAAAAGCUCCUGGGCAAGAAGCUGCAAGAAAAGUUUGGUCAAGGAGAUCCUUAUUAUGAAAAAGUCCCGGGCGUCAAAUCCAACGGGAAACCGACGGGCAAGCAAGUGAAGAAGAAGAGGGCUCUACCUCCUGGUCUGUCAGAUCACGACGCCAAGGUUCUGAUGAGAGUCCGAAGACGAGUACAUCACCUCGACUGGUCCUUGUUCACCGUUUUUGGAGUUGGGUUUGGAUGGAGCACAGUCAUUGGUAUUAUCCCAGUGAUUGGAGAUGCUAUUGACGGGCUCAUGUCGCUUUCCGUCUUUCGAAAGUGCUGCAAGAUUGAAGGCGGUCUUCCCAACUCCGUAAAGGCGCACAUGAUGGUGAAUGUGGCCCUUGACUUUUUGAUCGGACUUGUACCCGGCGCGGAAGCCAUUUUCAGGGGAAACACGCGAAAUGCUCUCCUUCUCGAGAGUUUCCUGCGGGAGAGGGCUGAGCACAACGUGCACAAGCUCGAUCAAGAUGCUGCUCAGGGGCUGGAGCCGCGUCGCCGAGGAAGAGGCACACGGCUUCCCGAGGAUGGCAUCAUCACUCCAGAGGAGUCGCUUGAGAGGCGACCCAACGGCCGGAAGCGUUCUGGACCACUGUAG